AUGCGUUUCUUGCGCACCGGUGGGCGCGGAGGGAAAAGAAAAUUCCCAUACACACUGUCGGUUUCGUACGAGGACGAUGUGGACGCGGUUGUGCUGAACCCGGUGAUGCUCAUUCUGGUAUGUCACUACGGGCUGCUUAGUGUUCGACGAUGGUCCAGCUCCGGGAUAAAUCCUGACGCCACAUCCCUGAUCGAUUCGGUCACUUAUGAAACCGUCUGCUCGGACACGCUCGAAUCCUUGUGCGAUUACUUCGAGGAGGUGAUAGAGGAAACAGCGGUUCUAAAACAUGCAGACGUCACAUACGGAGAUGGUGUGUUUACCGUGAAUUUUGGCCCACCGCACGGAACGUACGUAAUAAAUCGACAAUCGCCCAACCGCCAGAUCUGGCUCAGUUCGCCGACGAGCGGACCCAAGCGGUACGACUUUGUGCCGAACAAACGGACCAUCAACGAGGGCUACUGGUUGUAUCGUCACGACGGUGUGACACUGCAUCAGCUGCUACAGCAGGAAAUAAGCGUCAUCGCGGGUCGAAAGCUAGAUUUCUUGGCCCUACCACACAGCCAGCCACCAAAAGCUGCUUGA